UGAUAAGCAAUUAUGGUCACUUGAUUGUGUGGCCGGUCUUUUAGUUUUUUUCUCCUACAAAUUCUACAAAAAUUAUGAUUUCUUUGUUACUUUUACUUUUGCUAUCAUCUUAUUCCUACGGACUGCCAGAUGGAUUCAUUUACACUGGUGAGCUUAAUCUCACCUAUCCCAUUCUUACAUCACUUCGUUAUGGCACCAGAGAUAAUUUCGUGGGUGGAGUAGUUCGAGGUUACGAAAAUGUACCACUACAAGGAGCUGUUGUUACUGCAGAAGCCGGCCAGGCACUGGCAAAAGCUCAAUUGGAAUUUUUGAAAGAUGGAUUUCGUAUCGUAAUAUAUGACUCUUAUCGUCCAACGAAAGCUGUUGACCAUUUUGUGGAAUGGGCUGAGAAUGAUGACGUAGACGAAGACGUGAAACGAAUAUUUUAUCCAAAUGUUGAGAAGAGUAAUCUCUUUGACUUGGGCUACAUUGCUUCCCGUUCAGGGCACAGUAGAGGCAGCACAAUUGACCUCACUCUGAUCAGAAUCAACAAUUCACUCACCAGUGUACAUGUACUUGAGAAAACAUUGAAUGGCAACUACUCUGUGUACUAUUUGGAAGACGGAACCUUGGACAUGGGAUCGUCUUUCGACAUUUUCGAUGAAGUAUCCCACUAUGACAACCCCUACAUUUUCGAUGAGCAUAAAUCGAAUAGGGAGUACUUGAAGACGGUUAUGGAGUCGGCAGGGUUCGUUGCAUAUGAUCAAGAGUGGUGGCAUUUCCGGUUACGAGAUGAGCCGCAUCCUUUAAUGUAUUUUGACUUCGACAUGCAUGAACCGAGUAACGUGGGCAUUUCAUUGAGAGUCCAAAAUAUUGCGCUGCUCGUUACUAGCCUAUUCGUGUGCUUACAGACCGCAAUUUUUUGAAUGAUUUGAAAAUAAAGUUUUUGGUCACAGUAUUGGCAGGAA